AUGAGUGUGGCUCGAGCUCUAGAAGUGCUCCUCUCAAGUACGCAUUUGUCAAUAACAGUAAAAUCGAACCUGUUAGCAUUCAAAGAGAUAAUAGCGUGUAAUGACAGACCGGUGGACGUGUCACCGUUCACGAGUAAUUUAAUUAAUAAUACAACUUCGAUUCCUAUACAGCAACAACAACAUGGCAGAGGAGGUGCCGGCAAACUGCAUCAGAAAGCGGGUAAUCAGGUGGGUCUUUGUAUUUAUUUCUUUUUUUUUGAUCGAUGCAUACUUAUUUAUUUGUUUCAUUCAACUUUGAUCGAUGCAUCACAUUUUGAACAGCAAUCAGUUUUAUCUUAG